GCUGCCAUGAAAUUCAGCUCAGCUCUACAAUUUAAUGCCGUUCCCGAAUGGCGUGACAACUAUGUUGACUAUGGAGCGCUCAAAAAGCUUCUGUAUGCUUUGGAAAAAGAGAGCCUGCGUCCUCCGAAUGGACAAGAAUCCGCGGCAUUGAUGGCCCGUGAUCCUGAGCCUGCUUUUACACAAGCAUUAAACCAACAGCUCAAGAAAGUGGAUUCUUUCUAUCAGACUGAAGAGGUCAAAACAUACGAAAAAGAAGAUGCAUUAUGCGAGGAGGUGUCCGCUUUUGAUUUUCCGGGUAGUCCAGUUUUGGAACCAGGCACUUCUACAAAUCCGGGCAUACGCAGUGAGGCAUCCGAUUCCAGUGAAAAUGAAAUGAACACGUCGACGUUGGGAGCUGCACAUCGACGGAAACGAAAGAACAGCACUGCUCGCAAGAUGGACCAUCACGAUGAGUUCUCGUACAGACGCAUUUCUCUAAAACGCGAACUGAUUUCAAUGUACGUUUCGCUCAACGAGCUGUCUACAUUUGUUGAUAUUAACAAAACGGGGUUUAGGAAGAUUCUCAAAAAGUUCGAUAAAACACUUGGACUGAGUCUCCUGCCAAUCUACACUGAAGAGGUCAUCAAACAAACGCAUAUUUUCAAAUCGUCAACUCAGGAUGAGCUAGCUCGCCGUAUUGAUCGUGUUGUCCGGGAGUAUGCCGAUCUAGUAUUAAAUGGCGAUGAGGUCUUGGCAGCUGAAACCUUGAAAGGUUAUCUCAGGGAGCAUGUGGUAUAUGAACGCAAUACCGUCUGGCGUGACAUGAUUGGUAUGGAGCGCCAUACACAGGCAGUUGGUACGGAUAAAGAACAAAUGCCGCAUUCUCGAAUCCGCGUUUGUGGAAUUGCGUUACCAGACUCCUUCAGUAAUCCUGCAAUUUACAAGCUGACUCUCAUUUCUACAAUAUUCUUGCUCUUGCUUGCAUUUCCAGUGCUCCAGUCAAGGCCCCAAUCCAACUGCUUCGCCAUUGUUAUUGCUGCAUCCCUGCUUUGGGCGACUGAAGCAAUUCCGUUAUUUGUCACUUCGUUACUAGUCCCGUUGUUAGUAGUGGUUCUACGCGUUCCUGUCGAUAACCAUGGCCACGCUUUGACAGCUAAGCAAGCUUCUGAUUUCGUGUUUUCGAAAAUGUGGUCUCCUGUGAUCACCGUUCUACUAGGUGGCUUCACGCUGGCAGCUGCGCUUUCCAAGUACAAUAUUGCCAAAGCAAUGGCAGUCAUGAUUCUGUCCAGAUCGGGAACCAAUCCCAGGGUUAUAGUUUUGGUUCUUAUGUUUGUCGCCGCUUUUCUUUGCAUGUGGAUCAGUAACGUUGCUGCUCCAGUUCUAUUAUAUUCCGUCGCUCAACCUUUGUUGCGAACCCUUCCUACUGGCGAUGGCUUUGCCAAGGCUAUUAUUCUGGGAAUUGCUUUGGCUUCUAACGUUGGUGGAAUGGCAUCACCGAUUGCCAGUCCGCAAAAUAUCAUCGCCUUGCAAAAUAUGACCCCAGAACUCUCAUGGACUGAAUGGUUCUCCAUCAGUCUUCCUGUUUGUAUUUUGAGCAUCACUUUGGUUUGGCUUUUGCUAGUCUUAACCUUCCCCCCUUCAAGUGAUGCGAGUGCCAUGGGCCACAUUCGGGAUCACGCAGAUAAGUUUUCAUUUGUCCAUUAUUAUAUUUUGGGGGUUACCGUAUUGACAAUCGCAUUGUGGUGUUUGGAGCAUCAAGCUGAGUUCAUAGUUGGUGAUAUGGGUAUUCUUGGGUUUGUACCUAUUAUCCUUCUAUUUGGCCCCGGCAUCCUUUCUGCUGCAGACUUCAACAAUUUCUUGUGGACAAUUAUUGCCUUGGCUAUGGGUGGUGUUACGAUGGGCAAAGCUGUGGAGUCCUGUGGCUUGCUGGCUACGGUGGCUACGGCGAUUGAGGCACAAGUGAGAGGGCUGAGUCUGUUCAGCGUUGUCCUUGUGUUUGGCUUCAUGAUUCUGGUUAUUGCUAGUUUCAUUUCUCAUACUGUUGCCGCAUUGAUUGUACUUCCAUUAGUGAAAUCAAUCGGCGAGGAGAUGACAGACCCUCACCCGCGGGUGCUUGUGAUGAUAUCCGCCUUCCUAUGCUCGGCCGCAAUGGCUCUUCCCACCUCUGGAUUCCCCAAUGUUACUGCGAUUUGCAUGACGGAUGAGUUUGGUGUACCUUAUCUGACAGUAAUGGAUUUCAUUACUCGUGGUAUCCCAGCAUCCGUCUUAGUGUAUAUUGUAGUCGUGUUGGUCGGCUAUGCCAUCUCCCGAUGGAUUGGCUUGUAG